AUUAUUCACACCUGGCAAAUGGACUCCACACUGGGAUAAGAUCAUUAAGGAGAACCGGGAUAAUGAAGGGGAAACCCAACACCUGGUCCUUAAUAAUGCUUUGGAAAGGCUAUUUCAAUCCAAACGGAAAGUCAGGGCUGAGAAGGCCCAUGGAGUCCACCCCCUCCUUUUACAAAUGGAGACAGGAAGUUCCAGAGAGAAGUGACAGAGAUGGCCACAGCUAGAUCAGAAUCCAGGUCCCCUGGGUCUUGGGUGCCCUUCAAACCUCUCUUUUCUCUGGAGUCAGCCGUCCUCCGCUGCCAGCCCUGUUCUCCUUCCCUGUCCCUGAAGCCUGAAGGGCUCAGCUGCCCUGGGCUCCCAGUCCCAGCAGAGGCUCAGCCUGGGGGAUGUCUUUCUGACACCCACUCCCCUUGGCUUUCCUCCAGGCAAAAUUCCAGGCAAAAAGCACACGUUUAAACCUCAUUAUCUGGCCAAUGUAUAAACGUCCAGGGAAGAGAGGUUUGUUUCUGUUUAUCUCAGCCUAUCAGCUAAGGUGAAGCUGGCUUUCAGAGUCCAGUCAAAUGCUGGUCACCACCAGAAAGUAAUUCUCUAGGCCCUGAAACAAAGCUCUGCAUGUAAAGGAUACAUCAUCCCCUAGGAAAACUCCUCACCCUUCUACACAGACACACAGGCAGGCGCGCACACUCCCCACUCUGGCACCGAGAGAAGCUGAGCUAGGAGGCUGACAUGCGGGCCCAGGCCUGCAGCGCGCACACGCACAUACACAAACACCCUUACUGGAAGGGUCUGGACCCCUGCUUGGGAAUUUGGAAUGAGAUCCUUCUGGACUGGCCAGGUCACUCACUGCUCCCCACGCAGCGUGCAAGUGGGGUGGGGUGGGGGAAGAGAUCACCCAGAGGGGCCCGAGGAGACCCGCCGGUGCCAGCCCCUUCGCAGGGGCCCCUCCUCGAGAACCCCUUUCCAGGAGCUUUGCCCGCCGGGUUGGAGGUGGAGGAGUUCAAAAUCAACUGACGCAGCCCAGAAUUGAGCUUUGCAAAGCCACUCGCCGGGGAGGGGAGCAUCUGCCCCUCCCCUUCCCGCCGCGCGCCCUCCGUCCUCUGCCUGCCGCCUCCCCUUGUGACGUCACCCCAGCCCUGUCCCGGGGAGCCUUCAAAGCCUCUCAAAUUCAAACUGCCGGGCGCACUGACAGCCGCCGCCACCACCACCACCGGACUGGAAGCGCGCGCGUCGAAGCUCCGCCGUCGCUGUCGCCCACCGCCCAGGCCCGCCAGCCCCCCGACCCACUACGCAAUCGCACCCCGGGUCCCCGGCGGGGCAGCUCAGCUUCCCGCCGCUCUAACCCUCCCCUUCCUCUCCUGCCGCCUGCCGGAUUUCUCAUUUCUGCGCACCCCUCUCCCAAUCAAAUUCAACCAACCAACCAACAAAAAAGCAGGGCAUCCCCCCACCCCCUGGAAGCGGCGUCUUCCUUUACCUUGCUCUCCCUCUCUCUCCGAAGAUGCUAAACUCUUGGUGGACUGCAAAGGAGGGGGGUCCUGUCUUCUCCUGAUGUGUUUGCCUGUAGGUACCUGAGCUGAGACCGACGGUGCCUAAAGAUGCUGAGCGGCGUUUGGUUCCUCAGUGUGUUAACCGUGGCCGGGGUCUUACAGACAGAGAGUCGCAAAACUGCCAAAGACAUUUGCAAGAUCCGCUGCCUGUGCGAGGAGAAGGAAAACGUUCUGAAUAUUAACUGUGAAAACAAAGGAUUUACAACUGUCAGCCUGCUCCAGCCCCCCCAGUAUCGAAUCUAUCAACUGUUCCUCAAUGGGAACCUCCUGACCAGACUGUACCCGAACGAGUUCGUCAAUUACUCCAACGCAGUGACCCUCCACCUGGGUAACAACGGGCUGCAGGAGAUCCGCACGGGGGCCUUCAGCGGCCUGAAAACCCUCAAGAGACUGCACCUCAACAACAACAAACUUGAGGUGUUCCGGGAGGACACCUUCCUGGGCCUGGAGAGCCUUGAGUACCUCCAGGCUGACUAUAAUUACAUCAGUGCCAUCGAGGCAGGGGCCUUCAGCAAGCUUAACAAGCUUAAAGUACUCAUCCUGAAUGACAACCUUCUGCUGUCGCUGCCCAGCAAUGUGUUCCGCUUUGUCCUGCUGACCCACUUAGACCUGAGGGGCAACAGGCUGAAAGUGAUGCCUUUUGCCGGCGUCCUUGAACAUAUCGGCAGGAUCAUGGAGAUUCAGCUGGAGGAAAACCCGUGGAAUUGCACUUGUGAUUUACUUCCACUCAAGGCCUGGCUGGACACAAUAACAGUUUUCGUGGGGGAGAUUGUGUGUGAAACUCCCUUUAGACUGCAUGGGAAAGAUGUGACCCAACUGACCAGGCAAGACCUCUGUCCCAGAAGAAGCGCCGGAGACCCGGGUCAGAGGGGCGGCCACGCUGACACACAGGUCCAGAGGCUGUCGCCUACAAUGAACCCUGCCCUCAACCUGACCCGGGCUCCCAAAGCCAGCCGGCCACCCAAAACGAGAAACCGUCCCACCCCCCGGGUCACUGUGUCUAAGGACAGGCAGAGCUUUGGACCGAUCAUGGUGUACCAGACCAAGUCCCCUGUGCCCCUUACCUGCCCCAGUAGCUGUGUCUGCACCUCUCAGAGCUCAGACAAUGGUCUAAAUGUGAACUGCCAAGAGAGGAAGUUCACCAAUAUCUCUGACUUGCAGCCCAGACCUACCAGUCCAAAGAAACUCUACCUAACAGGGAACUAUCUCCAGACUGUCUAUAAGAAUGACCUCUUAGAAUACAGUUCUUUGGAUUUGUUGCACUUAGGGAACAAUAGAAUUGCGGUCAUUCAGGAAGGUGCCUUCACAAACCUGACCAGUUUGCGCCGACUUUAUCUGAACGGCAAUUACCUUGAAGUGCUGUAUCCUUCUAUGUUUGAUGGACUGCAGAGCUUGCAGUAUCUCUAUUUAGAGUAUAAUGUCAUUAAGGAAAUUAAGCCGCUUACCUUUGAUGCUUUGAUUAACCUACAGCUACUGUUUCUGAAUAACAACCUGCUGCGGUCUCUACCUGAUAAUAUAUUUGGGGGCACAGCCCUCACCAGGCUGAAUCUGAGAAACAACCAUUUUUCUUACUUGCCUGUGAAAGGGGUUCUGGAUCAGCUUCCGGCUUUUAUCCAGAUUGAUCUGCAAGAGAACCCAUGGGACUGCACCUGUGACAUCAUGGGGCUAAAGGACUGGACAGAACAUGCCAAUUCCCCUGUCAUCAUCAAUGAGGUGACCUGUGAAUCUCCCGCCAAGCAUGCAGGGGAAAUCCUGAAGUUUCUGGGGAGGGAAGCUAUUUGUCCCAACAGUCCAAACUUGGCAGAUGGAACCACUCUGUCAAUGAAUCACAACACAGACACACCCCGGUCACUCAGUGUGUCUCCCAGUUCUCAUCCGGAACUACACACUGAAGUUCCACUUUCUGUCUUAAUUUUAGGAUUGCUAGUUGUCUUUAUCUUAUCUGUCUGCUUUGGGGCCGGUUUGUUCGUCUUUGUCCUGAAACGCCGCAAGGGAGUGCCAAGUGUCCCCAGGAGUGCCAACAAUUUAGAUGUAAGUUCCUUCCAAUUACAGUAUGGGUCUUACAACACCGAGACUCAUGAUAAAACGGAUGGCCACGUCUAUAACUAUAUCCCCCCACCGGUGGGCCAGAUGUGCCAAAACCCCAUCUACAUGCAGAAGGAAGGAGACCCAGUAGCCUAUUACCGAAACCUGCAAGAGUUCAGCUAUGGCAACCUGGAGAAAAAAGAAGAGCCAGCCCCACUGGCUUAUACUAUAAGUGCCACUGAGCUGCUAGAAAAGCAGGCCACCCCAAGAGAGCCCGAGCUGCUGUAUCAGAAUAUUGCUGAGCGAGUCAAGGAACUCCCCAGUGCAGGACUAGUCCACUAUAAAUUUUGUACCUUACCUAAAAGGCAGUUCACCCCUUCAUAUGAAUCUCGACGCCAAAACCAGGACAGAAUGAAUAAAACCGUUUUAUAUGGAACUCCCAGGAAAUGCUUUGUGGGGCAGUCAAAACCCGACCACCCUUUACUGCAAGCUAAGCCGCAAUCAGAACCAGACUACCUCGAAGUUCUGGAAAAAAAAACUGCAAUCAGUCAGCUGUGAAGGGAAAUCAUUUACAACCCUAUGGCAUCAAAGGAUGCUGCUCCAAACUGUCAGAAGCACUGCAUUUGCUUGUGUUUGUGUUCUCUUUCCCAGCAUUAAUGGGGGACUUUGAAAAUGUUUGGGGGAUAGGAUAAAGCAAAGAUACUGCUUUUGCCAGUUUUCCUUUAAAUUAUUUCUCUCUCACUUUCUCCUCCUCCCCCAUACCUUUUUUUUUUUCCUUCUUCCUCCUCUCUUAGGAACCAUCAGUGAACAUGACUGUUUCUGCAAUGCAUUUUUGUCAUGUAUUUUAUGGUUUGGUUUCUGUUUUUCUUCUUUUCAACCAAUGUGGAAAUGGAAAGAGGAGAUGAUAGUGAAUGAAGAAUAGGCAAACUUUUCAAAUGAAAAAUAGAUAUUUAGUGUAUUUUGUAGAAGAUCUCCAAAGAUCUUUUGGGACUAUAACUUCUUUUGUAAAUAAUGAUAUAUGGUAUUUCAUCUUCAGUUACCUAGUAUAGCCACUGGGCAUCACUUCUUUGUGUUAAGUGCCUUUGCACUUUAAGUACAUUACUUAAAUGUUGCUUUUAGCUUUGAUAAAUUGAACAUAUUUUAAUGUGUUGUAUUUUUGAAAUUUAAGACACUGUAAAAUAGAUCAAUAUGUCAGCUAUAUUAAAUCAAAGUACAGUUUGCUUGAGUUAUACAAAUCAGCCUGUCAUCAAAUGAUUCUAGUUCUAGGACUUUAUAGAUUUAACUGUAAAAUAUUUCCUUUCCUCUGGGUUUGUUUUAAGUGAUUUUAUUUAAGUCAACUAAGGGGAUUUAACAGUGGACUCUAGGUAAUAAACUGCCUCAGUCGGGAUUAGGAAGUCAUUAAUAAAAUAUAUUUAACCCAA